UUGACGGAUGAGUAGUCCAAUCUGACAAUAAAAAAAACAUUCUGAAAGUGCAGUUCGGACUUUUCAAACACGCAUGGAAAAAUAAAAACUUAAUCUAAAUUUCGUGGAUUUACCAAUUUUUGGAAGUUAUGCAUCCAUCGCUGGACAACAUUCAGCUAUUAUUAGAUGCUGCAGAUACCAUUUCACAUCGGUUGGAUAAUAAUGUCGAUCAUGGUGAUGUGAUUGUGAAUGCUUCGAGCUAUCUCAGCCCGCAUUAUCCUCUGAAAAAAAAUUUACCUACGUAUAACUUCGAGCGAAAUGUUACUUCGAAGAAAAUUUCGAAAGGUAAUCAUUGGCAAAGACAGCAUUUUGGAUCGUCCAACAAUGAUCACAAUUCAACUUUACGAACAAAAGGAUCGGCUCGACGGUCACUUAAUUUCCAACAUAUUACUGCCGAGUUCCAUCGUAACAACGAAAGGUACGAACGUAGCACACAAGUUUCCUCUCAACGUUAUGAUGGUGUUGGCUUUGCGGAUGAUCGUACGUCAAAUUGGGUAGAGGAGCAUGUCCACAUACAAAACAACGAAUAUGAAAUAGUAAAAGCAUCUAUCUGUGGUAAAAUGUACUGUGUGGCUACACGAUAAGUUAUAUUUAUUAUAGAUUUCAU